GGUCGGAGUGCAGCUCCACACUGUGUCCCUCAUCAUCACAGCCACCAGCAGCCAGCAGUCAGCAGCAUAUCUGUUCUUCUCUGCUGGUCAUUUACCGUCAGACAGGCACGGCAUAUCGACAUGGGUGUAGAAGUUGAGACGAUAUCUCCAGGCGACGGGAGAACCUUUCCAAAGAAGGGACAGACAUGUGUAGUGCAUUAUAUAGGAAUGCUACAGAACGGUAAAAAGUUUGACUCCUCGCGAGACAGAAACAAGCCCUUUAAAUUUAAAAUCGGCCGACAGGAAGUCAUCAAAGGCUGGGAGGAAGGUGUUGCACAGAUGAGCCUAGGCCAGCGGGCGAAGAUCACCUGCACUCCAGAUAUGGCAUAUGGAGCCACAGGGCACCCUGGGGUCAUCCCUCCUAAUGCCACACUCAUAUUUGAUGUGGAGCUGCUCAAGCUGGAGUAAAUCCUCCUCUUCAGAAGGAAGAAACUCUAACAAUCUGCCCCACCAUGGAAAUGCUUCCUGUGAAUUUAGGGUCUCAAACUACACACUCGGAAUAUUCUCGUCUUCGUCGUCUGCGAUGUGCUGCAUAUUUGACCUAGCUCCUUUUAAACAUGUGCAACACUACAAAUCUAGUUUGCUUAUAAGCAAUGUCAUAUACAUUUUCAUAGAGUUAUUAAAUCGGCAUAAUGUUUUGAUUUGACUCGAAACUUCUGCCUUACUGUAUUUAAAGUGGAAGAAUGGAAUAGUGUAAUAGAAGUGAAAGCUCUGCUCUUCUGUAUAUUAAGGGGCAUUAAAAACCACAGUCUGCAUUGCCACUUUUUGAUAUAACUAUGUCCAGCUAAAUGCAUAUGAAACAAUAAACACGUUUCUGUACUUAGUAAUAUUUGAUAUGUAUCCCUCGCUGCAAGAAUAAUAGGAGUUCACACACCCUUGCCUAUGCCUGGAACAAACUGAACACUGUACCAUGGAGUGCUUUGGCUUCUCUGAAUAUUUUAUCAAAUGAAUCUUAAUAAAUAUAAUAAUAUUUGGAAA